AAUUGGGCCAGCCCAUAGAGAUGAGAAACCAUCAACACUAUAAAUAGCCAAACGCAGAAAUAGAAACUAGGGUUUAGACAUUAUUCACGCAGCUUUUUGGGGUUUCAUCGCAAUCAAUCUACGACGACGUUUGCUCACUGAAUCUCCAACACCAAGAUGGAAUCUCAGAUCAAACAUGCCCUUGUUGUGAAAGUUAUGGGAAGAACUGGAUCCCGGGGUCAAGUGACCCAGGUCCGAGUUAAGUUCUUGGACGAUCAGAACCGACACAUCAUGCGGAACGUCAAGGGUCCGGUGAGGGAGGGUGAUGUCCUCACACUUCUCGAGUCCGAGAGAGAGGCUAGGAGACUCCGGUAGAGAGAGGGAGGGUGAUGUUAUUUAUAUGCUUUAAGCUCAUGGCAAAUGUUUGUGUUCUGUGUAUGCCGUAGUUUUUAAGUAAAAUUGUGUUGAGACUUGUUUUAUUUGUUGUGCUGAGACUUGGUUAUAAUUACUUUGAGACAUAAUUAUGGAAGACUUAUGUUUUGAAACAUAUGCUUUGAUUUAAAUAUAAAAUUUGGUGUA